AUGAACUAUCGCUGGAAACUCGUGGAUAGAAACUCUGACAACCAACUAGCAGCUGUCAAAAGGACUCGCGCGUCGAACAGGCCUGGAGAUCCUGCCCAGCAAGGAAGCAGCUUAAAUCUGGGCACAAAGCCGGGCGCGGGUCUCGGAUCGGUGAUCGGCUGGCGGUCGGCACGAAAACUGGCGACAGGAUUCGCCACAGCGACGAUGAGGUGCCACGCCAUUGGCCGAGGUGCGGAGGUAACAACGGGCAAAGAACCUCAUCUGGGUGACCGGGUGACCUCCUUCGGCAACCUGGUACCAGGAGAACUUACGCGACUGUCCUCUCUAGCGAUGCUCGGUUUGCUCAUUGGGGGGCAUCGACAAAAACCACGAAUUUUCAUCGUCCCACCAGUCCGGCGAUUUCCUUCAUUCGCUGCGAUGCGAAUUGUUUCUUCGGAUUUAGCAAUGGAUAAAAGUGAAAAUUCCAGAUAA